AUCCGUUCUUAUAUACAAGGAAAGUUCGAGUAUUAGAAUAUCUCGAUUUUGAUUGAUAGUUUUGCACUUAUUUGCAUUCCUUUUGCAAUGUUAAAAACUAACAAAAAAACAACCUAUUUAGUUUCAACCCACGCGUAUGCAUCUGUCACUGUAGUUGGCAACUCCAAGCCGUGUGCGUCUAUCGGUCGACACGUUGUUUGUCUAAUUUAAUUUGAGUUAAAGUCGUUAUCUUGUGUGUCGUUAAAGCCCUAAAAAGCUGGCAGGCAAAACUACAGAUCCAAAACUCUGUUUCAGUCCCAUAAGGUUUACAAAUUAGUCAGAAAAAAAUUAUUUCUCACCGGAACGUGCUUUACUGAUAACCUCCGUAUGCGGAUGUCCCUGUAUCGUUACAUCCCGGUAGGCUAUAUAGCACCAUUCCCUGCUCCUUCGUUGUCCUGGUAAUCAACAAUGAAAAUGACAGAUUGACAUGCAAGAUUUGAAUAUAGUGCAAGAGUUCCAGGGCACGGAUGUUUUCUCUGCUGUCUGAACUUCAAGGACCGAUCGAAGCGACGGCAGCCAGCUAUUCCAGUGGAAACAUCCUCUUCCACGACUAUUACCGAAGUUAUUAUAAUGGGACUGCUGUCACGGAGACGACACAUCACAUCAACAAAUUAUAUGACAUCCGUCAGUCCAGCAUCAUCAUCAUCAUCAUCCGGGCUAUACUAUCCGGCGGCCUCUCCGUCGUUCCAUCACCAGCAGAACCUGUCGGCGACCGAUGGCGGCGGAGGCUAUCAGAGGUCGGCCGGGAUUUAUGGGCAGCCGACGGGAAAUUCAAAUCAUCACCAUUUGAUUCACGGCAACAAGACGGGUGGCAGCGCGUCGAUCAGCAGUCCGUCACCGUCGCCGAACGGCAACAGCAACAACAACGGGAGUUACGCCGGAUUCGGCCACCUUCCUCACCAUCCGUCGGCUUAUCACCACUACCACCGAUCGGUGGCCGUCCCGCUGGCCCGUCACGCCAACAGUUUGCAUCAUCAGCAUCAAGGCGGGCCGGCUCAUCAUCUGGCGGCCGGCAGGUUCUCCGUCCAUCACUCGCCGUUUGCUCAUCACCACCGCCACCAGGGACCAGGCGGGAGGGUGUCCGUCUCGACGCCACCCUCUUCGCCCCGGGUCGUUGCUCCUCUGGAGACGCUCAACUCCGCCACUCAUCAUCACAAUCAACUCCAAUUGAAUCAGCAUCAUCAUCAUCCGCAUCUCAUCCAUCUAUAACCCACUCCGCAACAGCAACAGCAACCUCUGAUGCCGGCCAACAGGCCGGUUUUCCGUCAAAGCCAAACGCGGGCAGAAGCGAUGAGGCCGGAAGAAAGUGACGACUCAUUUGUGCUCGUUUGACGGAUGCGCCAAGACGUACACGAAGUCGUCGCACCUGAAGGCCCACCUGCGGACGCACACGGGCGAGAAGCCGUACCAGUGCUCCUGGAAGGGAUGCGG